AUGCCAGCCACAGUCAAGUUUAUCUUCGGGGGCGGCCUCAUCGAAAGCGAGGCUUUAUUCCCCUCUCUCGAUUAUAUCAAUGAGGUUUUGAACCUGGCAGCUAGCAGAGGAAUCAAAACAAUUGAUACUGCCACAAUCUAUGGCAAGUCAGAGGAGCUACUUGGAAACGUUGAUGCUAAAUCCCGUUUCGCCAUUGAUACAAAGUACCCCGGUGGUUUCUCCCCUGUCCCGUCUACUAAAGAAUCUGUUCUGGCUACUGUGGAUCAGAGUUUGAAGCAGCUCAAAACAGAUCAGAUUGAUGUGUAUUAUAUUCAUGGUCCAGAUCGUCGAAUUUCACUAGAAACCCUUCUAGAGGCCGUCAACUCCGCUUAUCAGGAUGGAAAAUUCAAACGAUUUGGCCUCUCAAACUAUCUAGCUGAAGAGGUGGAAGAAGUAGUUCGUAUCUGUCGCGAGAAAGGCUAUGUCCUCCCAAGCAUCUAUCAAGGCAAUUACUCUGCUGUUGCUCGUCGAGCAGAGAAAGAGAUAUUGCCUACCCUGCGGAAGCACAAAAUUGCAUUUUACGCUUACUCGCCAAUUGCAGGGGGGUUUCUGACCAAAGACGUCGAGAACUUUGAAGUAGUUGGUGGUCGGUGGGAGAAGACUUCAAAAAUUGGUGGAGUGUACCACAGGCUUUACAACAAGCCGGCCCUGUUGGAAGGUCUGAAAUUGUGGGAGAAGAUUUCGAAAGAAUCAGGUAUUCCCAAGGCUGAAUUGGCAUAUCGAUGGGUCGCUCACAACUCCGCUCUCAGCGGCGAGCUUGGUGAUGGUGUGGUUGUUGGCUCGCGCACUAUAGAGCAGCUCAAUCAAACUUUUGAUGGCCUUGAUAAGGGGCCUCUUGAUGUAAAGCUCGCGGAGCAGGUUGCGGAGGUGUGGAAAACUGUGGAGAAUGAGUCUCCCCUGGAUAAUCUGAACGCUUGA